AUGAAGCCACGAGCCUCGUGCUUUUACUCUGAACUAAACCAGAUCCCCUACCCCGGAAGUGUUCCUUGGUUUCCGGCCGUGUGUUUCCUUGUUGUCAUCGGCCUGAGGAAGAGUUUCAAACGCAGUGAAACUGAGAAACUCGACGCAAACCACGGAAGCUUUGCAUUGCUAUUGGAGCAUGGUGCCAUAUCUCCUGCUCCAGUGCCCAUAACAAGCCCCCGACUCGGAGGGUUCGCAGGGAGCUCGAUCCUGAUUGGACAGCAAGCUGCAACCUUGCAGCUAGCUCACCUGAGAGCCCAGCUUGCACUGACGCAGAUAAACAAUGCUCUCACAAUUGGUAGUCAAGCUGCAAACUUGACAACCAGCCACAACAUCCCUACAUCCUACACACCCCCAACCCCUCCCUCGCCAACUGCUGCAGCCAUCAGUCUCCUCAACCUUCUAAAGAUUGCAAACACCAUGUCUCAUCCCUUUUAUAACCCCUAUGUCCCUGGCAACCAAAGCUCCACCCAGGGGUCAUAUGGACUCCCCAGUGUGCAGGCAGAGAGGAACCCUCGGACUGGAUCUCCUCAUUUUGGACCUGGGUCCAGCUCUUCUGCAGCUUCUUCUGCUCCUCCUGGUGGAAUGAUCCCAUCACUGCUGACUCAGUCAGUGAGCUACAGGCCCGAACAGGGUCGGGCCAAAUUCGACACGGACAUUGAGAGGUCUGUGGACCUGCAUAUUAGCAGAGCCAGAGAUGAGGUGACAUUUGUUGGUAAACCGGAUCAUCGGCCCAUGGGCCAGAGCAAUCGCUUUACCAACACUCAGGAGAUUCUGUCCUCGGGCACGGGGACAACCUCCUAUAUGAUGUCCACAACAUCUGCACCUGCCGGACGCAGACACCUCGAUGUUGAAAGUGGCGGUGGCUCCUCGGACUGGUUGCCGCUCUACACAAGAUCAACUGCAGAUGAUUCUUCUACAUUUUCUUCACAAGCAGCUUCAACUAACUACACAAGCAGCGGGGGACAGCGUGAUGCACCGGCCGCUCCAGGAUUAGGUGAUUUUGACUAUCGUGUGUCGGAGAAACCUGGAGCUCCCACCGAGACAAGUCGCCCCAAGUACAAUACUGAAGCAGCUACUGACAUCCUUUUGCAGUUUGGACUUGAAAAAAAGGAUUUGGACUAUCUCAUCUCGUACCCUGAAGAGCAGAUGACCCCUGACAACCUUCCAUUCAUCUUGCGCCAAAUCCGUACUCAGAAGGACGAGAGAGCUGAGAGAGCUGCAAUCCAGCCAAAACCCUAUCCUCAACCUCAACCCAUCAGAGGUGUGAGUGGAAUGGAGGGUUUUCUUGGUUCUGGGGGGUCAUCAGCUGUUCUCCAGCCCACUACAGUGAUUGACUAUGGACAUACUGGCAAUUAUGCUGGAGGUGCUUUGGAUGAGAUUGGACGGCCCAGUGGUGGGAGUGGCAACAUGUUGUUGGGGAACACUAACAAUAUUAGCAGCCACACUCAAGAACCACUGCAAAAAGAUCCAUCAGAGGUUAAGAGCAGCUCCCUUGGUUCUUCAUUUGGCCAAGGUGGCGCUGUUUCCAACUCUUCAUACAUUUCAAUACUGAGCACUGAUCAAGCAAAGACUCAACCAAACAAGAGUUAUCAAUCAAUCCUUAGCUCUUCUUAUCUGUCAAGAAAAGAAAAAGAAGGAGGCUUCAGACACGAGGACUCCUCCAAGGCCCGUCCUCUGAAGAAAACACCGGCAGAUCACAAGUCUGCAGCAAACACCCAACCAUCCUCCAGUCUGUUCCGGAGUGUGCAUCCCAACCGACCUGAUCUUGUGGUCAUUGGUACCAGUGAGGCCACUGGCACCAAGAAUCAGAGCGCAACUCAAGGAAAAGGUUCCAUGGUUGCGAAGCAGAUGUUCAAACAGCAUACGCAGCAGGAACCUAUGCAGAUGCUAAAGAAGCAGGUGCCGAAACAGCCGGUAACGCACAUGGGGAAAGCGUUGUGGCCUCCGGUUGUUUCUGCUACGCAACCUGCUUCUCUCCUCGCCCUCCCCGCAUAUCCUGAUCGAACUGUUCCACCUCCAGGGUUCAGCCCUCACCCCACCGGUACUCCCUCCGCUUCACUUCAACAAGCCAGAGGUCAGAAGAACUUCCUUCAGUCGCCCACCGAGCAUUCAGCAAAGUUGCCAGACACCAAUCCUCUGCCAACACCGGCCAUGAUGCAUGACUAUGCAGCAGCCACACCGAGGGUCUUUCCACAUACCUGUUCUCUGUGUUUGAAAGAAUUCACUAACAUGAAGGAUUGGAUCUCCCACCAGAACACCAGCCUUCACCUGGAGAGCUGCAGAGUCCUCCGGACAAAAUACCCACACUGGAAUGGAGAAGUUUUGCUCGAGCCCAGUGCUGCAAGGAGAGAUGCCAAACCCUCGUCCUCAGCUUCUGCCCAGACUUCCCAUCAGCGUCAUACGAAAACCAGCCAUGGAGGCCGCUCCCGUUCCCACUCGGAGGGAAGAAGAGAGAAACGCAGCCGAUCUCUAUCGUCACACAGCCCCAGAUACUCUCGUUCCCGAUCUCGUUCCCGCUCUCCACGGUACGACCAUGAUUGGUCAUGUUCAAGGAGCCAGGAGACACAGAGGAGAAGAGACGGCGGAUGGUCAUCUCCAACAAGGAGCCUCGAAAGACGAUCAUCGAUACCAAGGAGGAGUGAAGAGAGAUGGUUGUCUCCAAUAAGAAGCCGCGAGAGACUCUCAUCACCAGGGAGGAGAGGCGACAGAUGGCCCUCGCCCGAAUUGAGUGAAGAGAGAUGGUCAUCGCCAAUAAGAAGCCGUGAAAGACUCUCAUCACCAAGGAGGGGCGAGGAGAGAUGGUUGUCUCCGAAGAGAAGAGACGACUUAUGGUACUCGAGAAGACCAUCGUCAUCAGAGGGUUCCCCUCAGCGGCGGCUGAGCGGUGCCGGCAGACUGUCCAAGAAACAAACUGGCAAAUCAGAUGUCGAGUCUCUGAUGACAUCUCUACCUCCUGCCUUGCUCAAGGCCAAAGGAGGGAAACGCCUGAACCUUAAUCCCUCUGCUGUGAGAAAGAGCCCAGGCUCAGCUGCCUCCCUGGCAGCGAAGAAGAAGACGAUGGUGACGACCUCGCUGCAGAAGAGCGACGUGAGCGCUUCCCCGAAGCCUAAGGUGUUCAAACCUGCACCUCCAACCAUGGUGAGGUUAGAGGGCGUAGUGAGCGGCCUCUCCCACAGUGACGUGGUCACUGCGGCGGAGCUGUUCGGAAAAACCAAAUCCGUCGUGUUGUUUCGGAAGAAACUGGAGGCACUGGUGUGUUUCGAGAAAGAAGAGGAUGCCAAGAAACUGAAGAGCUUAAAGAGCAUCGACUUGAGAGGAAUCCCAGUCUAUGUUGCCACACAGAAGAUUCUUCAGCCAAAGAAGAAUCCGGUGAAGAAACCUGUUUUGUCAGGUGUCUCCACAUCUCAAACCACUAAAACCACUAAAACCACCACUUCCCCCAGAACGGUUUUGCUCCCGACGUCUUCCAAAGCGUCACAGAAUUCCUCUGAAGCCAAAACAAAACAAAAACCAGAAGCUCCUGCGUCUCCCUCUAAAGCCGUCGGCAGUGAUUCAGCCGCGAGCCAAGAGCUGCUGACCAUCGGGGACACGAUCAUAAAGCAGCUGAAUCAGAACAAAAUCAAGUGCGUUAGUAAGAAAAUCUGCCAACACAAGCAGUUUUUGAAAUGUCACAAAAAGCAUCUGGUGAUAUCCCAACUGCCGAAGUACGAAGAUGGCAGCUACACCGAGGAGGACAUCGCCAACGUCUUACUUCCAUACGGAUUUAUCUAUAAACGAGAAAAUAUCUUUGUUUUUCCUGAGGCCUGCAUGGCCUUUGUUGUGAUGCCGACAGUGAAGGAUGCGCACGAAAUAAUGAAACUCAGGGUGUGGAACAGCAUCAUGUUCAAAGGCUCUCGUCUGCUGCCGCACGUGGUGAACGACAACGUGUUGAAGUCGCCGCUGACGUUUUACACGUACGUGGUGAGCCUGUUCCUGACGCAGUCCGAGGAGGAUCGGGGAGAGAGGAUCAUCUACAUGGAGGACAUUUCACCGAGCGAAGCCCGAGACCUCAAGGAGGUUUUGAGAAAAAUCGGUUGUGUCACAAACUUCCUGCCUCUGCUCAACAAGGUUUUUGUUGAGUUUGACUCAAAUCGUGAUGCUGAUCGAAUCGGAGUUUGGCACAGCCUCCUGAAUGAGGCCCCUGGCUACAAAGUCUACAGACUGAAACCAACAGACGACCAUUCUGAAACUCUGUCACCAAGGCUUCCUGCGAACGCUCUGCCGGAGAGCAAGGACGUUGUUCCCGGAGCGACAAUCCCAGCGGUAAAAUUUGGCGUCCCACAGGGCAGCGUUGGACCGUUUUGGCUCACUAUGGCUACGAGUCCCUUUGUGUUCCCCACCGUGUCUCCUUGGUUCAUCAUCCCAGAACAUCUGACUGUCAAAGGAGAGGUCGACAUCGAGAAGGUCAACAGUCAAGGUUCCAUGUUCCCCACACUCAUGUUGACCGGUUUACCAGAAGAAGGCUACAGUCAGGAGGACGUGGCCAGGCUGGUCUGGCCUUAUUUCCCCAAACAAACUCUCUUCUCUCUGUACUACAACGUGAUCGUGCUGACUCUGCAGAGGAGGGCCUUCGUGCAUUUCAGCGACUGGACAUCGUGCUGUGAUUUUGUCAGAGAUCACAUCAGGGAGCCGGUUUCUGUCCGAGGCUCCGUUCUUAAGAUCCACUUCGUCCUGGAGUACAUGUAUCCUGAGUCAAGAGAGGAGCUCAUGUACAAAUCCAUGAUGAAAUGGAGCAACUCUCGUGUUCCAGAUCCCCAGUCUCUGGAGGAGCGGCUGCUCUGUGUGGAGAUCUCUAAGACCAGUGUCCACAUCGUCAAGGUGGUCAUGAAAACUGUGGCGUCCAUUGCUAAAUGUGUCAGCUUCCUGCCGCUCGCCAACAGGAUUUGUGUGGAAAUGGCCGACGACGCUGGUGUAACUAAGGUGCUGGAAAACACCAACUUACUGACGUCCAUUUUUGCAUCGCAGUUCCGAAAUAAGGGUCAAGUUCAAGGUGUUGAAUCUGUGAAGAGCCUCAAGCAGCGUCUUGAAGACGGCAGUGAGGCCACUUUGAACCAGGAGCUGUACACCGUCAGUGCUAAAGCUCCGCCCGCGACACAGCCUCCUCCUACUCAACCUUCUGCUAACGGGCAACAACCUGUUGUGCAAACCAGUGUCCGUGCUUCUGCUAAACCAGCAGCGUGUGAUGAAUCCAUCACUGGUGAACACGGUGAGAAACUGGGAACUGAGAUCGUCCUGGAUUCCACCGCAUGUCCUCAGUCAAAUGAAGAAAAAGUGGUUAAGAUGGCGGAGGAGGGAUCAGCAACGACUACACAUGAACCUGCUUCCGGCGCCACACACACACAUCUGGUCGACUCUGAAGAACCCACCACAGAACUUCGUCAGAUUGGGGCCAAAGAGGGUCAAGAAGAUUUUUCAGAUGAUGUACUUGCUUCAGACGCCUACAUUUUUGAUGAGCCAAGUUUUGACAUGAGUGACUUUGUCACUCUUGAUGAAAUUUCUGAUGAUGUUGAAGAAGUGAGCCCUGACCCCCAUAGCUCCUCGUCCUCCAAGCAGUCCUCCAAGCUGUCCUCCACAGGGACAAAACUGAAACCAAGCUCCGGUACUUCACAUGCUGCGAAAAAGACCUCAAACAGAUCCUCAACAAGAUCCUCAACAAGAUCCUCAACAAGAUCCUCGAAAGACUCUAAGAGCUCUGCUUCUUUUUCGUCCAAGUCACCCAAAGACUACGUAAGGAGAAGCUCUUCUUCUAGCUCAACCUCUGUGUUGCCAAAAACAACUAAGGACUCAUCUAAGCCGACCAAAUCCCCAGCCUCAUCCUCUGCCUCUCCGUCUCUACCAACUCUUGAAGCCUCUCCCUCCUCUGGUCACAAAACACAGAGGAGCAAGACGAAGUCUCCACUCAAAGGCUCUCAUUCUUCAUCCUCAGGUUGUGGAAUCCGAUCGUCCCUAGCUGCACGUGAAAGGGUAAAGAUGAUAUCAGCAGCGGUGUCUGUAGAGCGUCUCCCAGUGUCACAGAGACAAGCAGUAAAAGACAGAGUAGUGGCUGAUUUAAAGGAAACCAAACUCAAAGACCUGGAAACAAGCAAAGCGGAAAAGAGAGAAGAUCAUGACAAACGUACAAAGGAGGAGGAUGUUGAAGGUGAAAAUUACCACAUGCUUGAGUCAUUUGAUGGCCAAACUGAUAAUCAGAAGGAUGAAGGGAAUCAACCAGGCAGCUCUGACACCAAGACACCUGAACCUGAGACAUGCUUGGUCCUGGACAGUGUCAACGAUGAUGGAAAAGCUUGCCCCGAGAUGUCCACUGAAAAGGAAGUGGACAGUGUUACCAAAAACAAAGGAGGGAAAGAGGAGAGUUACCUGGUUGAAGAUGAUGCUUCCACAGUAAAGCAGGAGGCAAAUAAUGAAGUUAGUGUCCAAGUGUUAGAUCCAGGUAGGAAAGAAGAGGAAGACGAAUUAACAUCAGCAGAAUCCUGCAAAGAUGUAAAAACACCUGAUGAUCAAAUCCCAGAAGAUGAAGACCAGCCUCCUAAAGUCUGUGACAACAAAGACAGUGAUGUUACUGAACUAGAAACCUUUGAGAUAUUGGAUUCAAUUGACGAUCAGACGAUAAUGGACCAAAACACUGAAGCACAGAGUGAUCAGAUGUCUACAGACAUUUCACGUAGAGAAGAAGAGGAGGAGGAGGAUGCCUCCAAGGUAGUGGAUUCUGUUACAGAUCAGCCAACAACUACAGAGUCUGAGUCUGACAACAACAAACCUGACGCAUCUUCUAGAAGAGAUGAUAGAUCCUCAAAGAGGAGUGGCCUGAGGACCAGAGCAUCCAAGAGUGAAGAGAAGGUCAAAUCACCAGAGAAACAGGACAGGGUGGUGAAAAGAUCAGAAGCACCACGAGACUCCACUGCAAGACUUCCUCAAAGAGACCAAGACCCUGAAGAGGAGAAGGUGUCUGAGAUGGUCCACUCCACUGAGGAAGUGGUUCAAGAAGCGGCCGCCACAGAAAGGACUGAUAGAAGAAGGAGUGGAAGAGGAAAGAAAGAGGAGAAAGUGACUCUGAAUCUCACUGAAGCAUCUGAAAAACCAGAUGAAGAUGAGGAGGCUUCUUAUGAAAUCUUAGAUUCUGUGGAGGACGAGACUGUGACUGAGGAACCGGUCGUUAUGACAAGAUCCACCAGAGGAAGAAGGGGAAGGACGACUCAGAAAGACCAAACAAAAAAAGAGGACACACCGACAAGAAGUCGACGCACUCCUGUCAGAGAGACACAGGAAAAAACUCUAGAGAUGGAGAAGGAAGCAUCUUCAAAAGAGAACUCACCAACAAAGAAGAAAGACAUCACUGUUAGAGAGGAAAUAGACGAGGAAGCCACCUAUGAAAUAUUAGAUUCUGUGGAGGACGAGGUUCUUCAGGAUGACCGGCCCCCUACAGGAGGGAAAAGGAAGAGGGGAAGACCAAAGAAAGCUGUUAAAUCAACUAGAAAAAACCCUGUAACACUGAAGGGCGACAAAGAUGCAUCUGAAAAAGAAGCUGAUGAUGAUGAUGAAGAGGAGCCUUUGUAUCAGAUUGUAGAUUCUGUGGAAGAUGAUCAAGCUCAGGAGGAGUUGAUGACCACUGAGGAGUCAAAAGAUGAAACUUGUCCAAAAGUGGAGGAAGCAGCUGUUCAAGAAGAUGCACCAACGUGUAGGACCGUUGUGGAAGCAUCCGACAAAGAUGUCACCAAGGAUUUAGAUCAUGAAGCAACAUCUACAACAAAGGUCAAAGAUCCCACAACACCAGAAGUGGAGAAGAACCAAGUGACGAGUUCUCUGGUGGACCUGGAUGAAGUGAGUGAUGAGGAGGAAGAUUACCCUGACGACAUAGCUGAGGAGGAAGAACUGAGGGAGAGGAUGGCUGCUGCUAAAGAGAAGCAACUCACCAUGGAGGAGGAGAAGAAGGAGCAAGUAAGGGAAGGAGAGGAGGAAGUAGAAGUCGACACCAUGGAACUCCUGACUCUGGACGAGGUGGAGGCAGACGAGGCUGGAGAGGAAAUUGUGCAGAUGCGUCCUGAGUCGAAUGGUGAGAUUCCAGCCGGAGAACUUCAGGGGCUCGUCACUCUGGAGAAAACUGUAGAAGAAGUGGAGGAAAAAGUUGAGGCCCGCCCAUCCAUCGAAGACGGCCAAUCAGUGGACUCAGCCCCCCAGACGUCGGACACUUUAGAUGAAGCGAGUGGUGACGUGAAAGAGAAGCUGGACCAAGUGGAGCCGACAUCCAGACCUGCUACAGCUGUGAGUAAAAGGAGGAAGGAGAUUGUCGGACCUGAGGCAAAGAGAUCUCGUUCUAAGUCUCCUUCUGUUCCUGCCGACUUCAAGCUGCCGCCAUUCAGAGCCAACCAUCCCCUCGGUCAGGAGUUCGUGGUCCCUAAAUCCGGAUACUUCUGUAACAUCUGCCGUGUUUUCUACCUGAGCGAGAGCAGCGCCAAGGACGUUCACUGCAGCAGCAAGGCGCACUACAACAACCUGCAGACACACUACCACAAGCUCCAACAGAAACUAUCAAGAAGUUCAACGCCAAAUUCUCAAGAUGGCGUUUCCGAUUGAUCCAGACUUCAGCUUCCGAUCCUUGAUUUGGAUUUUGCCUUUAAAACCUGUGGAAACCUCUGGAGCCACUGACGACGGGUCUGGUUGAGUUGUGUUCUCACCCUGAUGGUCACACUGACAGUUCUAUAAAUAAAGUGUAGAUUUUAAAAGAUAAUUGUCGAGUUUCUUCAUAUGCUGGUGGACAUUUUUACACUAACCUGUAUGUACACUAGUUUUUUUUUUUAGUAUAUGUCUAAUAAUUAUCUCACACGUGUACUUAUGGUUGUUUGUUGUUUUUUCAGUUUUUGCCUUUUAGUGCUGCUACUUUACAUUUAUCAGUCGGGGCUAUUUCUUUUCAGUGUUAAAUUCCAGUUUGUAAAAGAAAUGUAUGGUGGAAUAAAUAUUUUAAAUAACAUUUUACAAACAGUAUUUUCUGUAAAUAUAAAUAAAAGGAGUUCUGUUGAACA